CCCGUUGAUGCAAUUCCUACGUUUAUUUUGAUUCCCUCUUCUUUCCGGAGUAAAAAGAGGAAAGGAAUUACCAUCACCCGAACAUCGAAUUCUCAUCGUGACGAAAACAUCGUCAGGCAAGGAAUUUUACAAAGAACAUACAAAAUGAUCGAUGAAGAUUUUGUCGACCAGGAUAAAAGUGCUGAUAAGGCGGUUUCCAUGCUGCCAAAUUUGAUGGGAAUAGUUUCGCACGCUGUACGCGACGACAGAUCACAAAGUAUGAUCGAAGAUUUGGCAAAGCGUAAAAAAAAUAUAAAACCGAUUACGGAAAACUACUGCGAAGACAAGGAAAGUAUACGAAAUCGUUUGGAUGAUAGCGAUAGAACUAUCACGGAACUUUUGCGUGACGGGCGGGAGCUUAUUCAGGAUAUACGGAUCGCCAACGACAAACGAGAGGUUGAACGAAGGGUUAAGGAAGCAGAAAUAAGAGAAGAACUUUUGGAAAAGCUGCAAACUGAAUCCACGGAGGCAGUGGCCAAAUUUGAAUCGAUAACCGAAAAAUGGAGCGAAUUGAAAGAACUGAAAGACCCGAUGGGAAUAAACGACGAACUUCAGUUACAGAAGGAGCGCAUUCAGGAUCUCAUGAAGCAGAAGGAUAUCAUCAUCGAUGAAUGUCGCAAGGAAUUAGAGGCCGCGGAUGAGCGUUACACACGGGAUAUUCGCAAACAAACAGCCGACAUUCAAAGUUUAGUCGAACGCGUCGACAAUCAAAUCGAGAUAAUGAAACGAGCAUUUAAAGAGCAUUUGGAUUUGCUGGAAAAUACGAUUGACGAGGAAAGGAACAUUUUGAAAGUAGCCGCAUCGAAAAAAUGGGAUGAUCUUUAUACCAGACGAGCAGUGAAUGAAAGAAUUAAAAUGAAACAAGAAAAAGAAAGGUUGGAAUUUUAUCGUGAUGAAAUCGACAGAAUUGAACAGGAACACAUUGAAGUCACGAGAGCAACUCGAAUCAGAUUGGAGCAAGACAAUCAAGCAUUGGAAAUUGAACUGCAAAAAGUUAAAACAAACACAACAUUAAAUUCCGAAAAACUUGAUUACAAUUUUCAAGUUCUGAAGAAACGCGAAGAUGAAAAUCUCAUGGUACGCAACGCUCAAAAGCGUAGACUAACGAAGCUCAACGAAACCAUAUUUUCCCUGAGAAGGAAAAUUAAAGACGUGCAGAUGAGUUGUCUAAUUGAAACAGAAAAACUCACCUCAGAUAUAUUGAAAUUGCGUUCCAACAUCAGCCAUAUGAGCUCAAAAGUAAAUACCUUUGCUGAAAUGAACGAUAGGAAGUAUCACUCCGUAUGGGAAAUGAAUAAAUCCGAAUGCUUAAGCGUCCUGGAAAGUAUACUGUCCAUAGAUAAGACACUUGUUGAGCAACAUUUGGGAUUGAAAUGGCAGCCUCCAAAUUUCCCGGACGAUCACAUCCAGAAAAUAUCAGACACCUUCAAUUCUAUUACAAGUAAUAGUGUGGUGGCAACAUCCCAGAAUGGAACAGUUGUGUCAUUUGAAAAUGAAGCUGAACGAGUACAAAUAAUGAAUGUUCUACAAAUAGUGUUGAAACAGGCAGGAUUUCUAGUCGAUAGGACGGCGUUAAGAUUGAUCGAAGAGUUCACCGAAGAAGAGAAGAGUUUAGUUUGUUUAGAUAACGUGUUCAACGCUCUAGGAAUAUCACACUGGGAAGACGUUCGUCGGCUGAAGGAAAAAUUUGAUGAAAUAAUAAAAUCAUACAACCAAAAUGCCAGUGAUUCGUUUACACGAUCUGAAGGAUCGGUCUCCUCACAGAGCGAAGAAAAUGAUUUAAAGGCAAUUAACUUUGACAACUCAAGUGACAUUGUUGUGGGUUCUAUAGUAACGUCGUCUGAAAAAUUAAAAACUUUGAAGGAAUUUUCUCAACAGCUCAUAGCGUCAGAAAAAUCACCUACACCUCCACAGUAUGGAUGCAUGUCCAGGAAAGUUGCAUCAAAAGAAGUAAGAGACUAUUGGUUAAAUUACAAAAACACAUUUCCAGCUGAAAAAGUGAAAGUUUGGGAUACAAUGGAAGAAAAUCUAACGCAAUACUUGAAGAUUUUAAAAGAACGGAAAGAGCUCGAUGAGGAGUGUGAGUUUUUGAGAAAGCAGAACAUGGAGCUGCAACAUCUCAUGCAAAAAAUGUUGACACCUAAUCAGAUUAAAUGAACAAUAUUUCAGUGGAGAACAUCUUAAUGUGACUUUUUAUAGUUUUUGAUAUUUUCGUAUUUAUGACUGUAAUAAAAUAAGAAUGUUGUAGUUCACGAA